AUGGUAGUUAGUUUUUUAGGCAUAGUACAGCCGGGAUCAGAAGACCAUGGACUACCGGAGCUUAAUGUUCCUGGGACGUUUGCGAUGAUGCAGAAGGGGGUUGAUGAGGUUAGUGUUAGUGUUGUUAAAGAGGAUAGUGGGGUAGAUGCGGGAUGUGGUGUGGCGGCUUCUGGUUCACGGUGCAGUUCGGUGUCUGGUUCGUCGCCUUUGGAUUCUGAUAUGAAGGGACAGGAGUCUGGAGGUUCGGAUGAUCACCUUAAGAAGACGAAGAAGGGGAUUAUUUUGAAUCCGCAGCCGUCUGAAUGUAAGAAGGAUCCUUUGAAUUGGCCUAUUUGGCGGAGAGACAUAGCAUUAGUUUGUGUUGGAUGGCAUUGUUUCGUGGGCGGGGGCCAGACAUCGAUGCUUGCAUCUGGGUUUUCUAAAUUGUCUGCGGAACUUCAGGUUCCUUUAUCGCAGAUUUCAUAUUUAGUUGGGCCUAUGAUGCUGUCGUUAGGCGUCGGUUCUAUCUUUGCAUCACCUACGGCUGUUUUGUUUGGAAAGCGUUUGGUUUAUUUGGUGGGUAUACUUAUUUUCAUGAUAGGGUCCAUUGGUUGUGCCUGUAGCACUUCUUUCAACUGGUUGUUAAUAUCGAGGGUUGUGUCCGGUUUUGGGUUAUCUACGGUUGAGUCCCUUCCCAGCGCCACUAUCGCAGAGAUUUACUUUGCCCAUGAGAGAGCUUAUAGAUUAGGCAUAUACACGUUGUUGUUAUUAGGUGGGAAAAACUUGGUGCCUCUACUGGGCUCUUUAGUAUUUGAACACUUGAGUACCCAUUGGUUAUUUUGGAUUCUGACAAUUAUUGCAGGUUCCAAUUUUGUAUUACAUUUGCUUUUCGUUCCGGAGACGUUUUGGGAUCGUACCCCGGUUCCUAAUAAACGUUCUCUGCACGAGACUCGUAUUGCUCGUCAAGUGAGAGGGUUGUCAGAGAAUGUUUCCAUAGCUACUGUCCGUUCUACAAGGUUGAAUCCAAGAGAAUCGGCUGGACAUGUCAACGAUGACGGGGUGCCGGUGGGCUUAACUGACGAGUCAAAUGCACAAGAAGCUGAGACGGGUUCUAAAACUCGAGCUCACAUAAAAUCGAUUUCCGAGAAACAGAUGGCAAUCGGACUUGGAAUUUACCACGGGAGACAUACCAUUGAUAAUUGGUGUAUGGUAAUGCUACGGCCGUUUGUGUUGUUUUCUUACCCAGCUAUUUUAUUUGGGGCAUGGCUGUAUGCAUACGCUGUUGUGUCCUUAAUCAUCAUUUCUCAGGUUAUUGAUCAUGCAUACAAAGAUAUAUAUGGAUUCAGUUCUGCCUCUGUUGGAUUGGUAUACAUUGCGCCAUUUAUCGGCGGUUGUUUAGGUUCUCUAAUUGCAGGAAGAGGUAGUGAUGUGAAUACAAGACUUUUAGCUGCUCAUAACCAUGGUAUCUAUGAGCCUGAAUUUCGGUUAUUCAUGGUAUUACCCGCGGUGCUAUGCAAUGCAAUAGGGCUUCUAGGCUUUGGGUGGUCACUUGAAAGACAGGACCAUUGGAUUAUCCCCUCCAUUUUCUUUGGGGUACUAGGUUUUGGUUCUUCAAUGUGCAGUACCACUGCGAUCACUUAUGCUGUCGAUUCGUACAAGGAAUUCUCCCAGGAAGCUUUAGUCACACUAAAUAUGGUCAAAAAUAUUUUGGGCUUUGCAGUUUCCUUCUUCAACGUCAAAUUUUGUUUACAUGAGGGCUACAAGAACGCAUUUACCUGUUAUGCAUUAAUUGAAAUAUUCAUUGGAUUGUGGGCCAUCCCACUCUAUCGCUGGGGUAAAUUAUGUAGAUCAUGGACUAAUCGGAAGAACCUCUUGCAGUUUUCUUAUAGAGUAAACGAUGAUGGUAAAGAUGAAAAAGACAACCAUACAGAGAGAUAA